UGGGGCACGCAAGCGCACACGAGGACGCCGGGGAGGCGCCGAUCCUCGCCUGGUGGGUGUCCCGACAUUCCAGAGGUGGCACCUGGUGGACGGCGGCGUUCCGUGAGCGAGGGCUCCGUGGGGCCGCGCCAGCCCGGGUGUCUCCAUCCGCUUGGCUCUGAGGUUUCUUCAUCCUUUUUAUGAGUUUCAUCACCCAUAAUCUUUACUAGGAACUGUGGUUCAACCUGCUAAUGAUAAAGAAGAAACACCAAUAAAGAGAAAAAUGUCAAAUCUAAAAAUGAAAGAGGCAGCUCUUGUGUAUCUGGACAGAAGUGGAGGCCUCCAAAAGUUUAUAGAUGAUUGCAAGUACUACAGUGAUUCAAAACAAAGUUAUGCUGUCUAUAGAUUCAAUAUUUUAAUAAAUCCCUCUGAUGUUGUUGAAUUAGAUCCUGAACUUGGAAAUCACAUUUUACAUCAUCCCUUAAAAGCUGCUCAAGUAUUUCAAUCAGUCUGUUUUGUUGCUGUUAAGACUCUCUCAUUAAUUGGACAAUUACAGACUGAAACUCAAAUUAACAUUGUGUUGAAAUUAACACAUUUACCUCCUCUGUCAAGUUAUGUUCUUGAUCUUUGUGAGUUUCCAUUUAAUUAUGCAUCUCAGAGAUUUUAUAUGAUGCAAGGAAUUGUGAUUGCAAUGACAACUGUAACCAGGUAUACACGAGGUGCAAGAUUCCUUUGUUCAGAUGAAGCAUGCCCUUUUUCAAAAGGAUUUCAGUAUAUAAGAGUGCAUGUGCCUGGUGCUACAGAAUCUGCAACAGUAAGGAAUGAUUUUUUGUGUAAUCUAUGUUCAUCUUCACUUCAGGAAGACAGAAAAUUUAGAGUACUUGGUGAUAAACAGAUAGUUGAAAUAAUUACCACAAAAGCACUUCACGUUUUUCAAGGAUAUUCUAAAAACCAGCCAUUUCGAUUUCAGACAUUUAGUAUUUUCCUAAGAGAUGAACUAGUGAAUAAAAUGAAAAUGGGAAGUGAAUAUAAAAUUAUUGGAAUUCCAGCCUGUGUCAAAACUUCACAAACUGCUCUCUGUGUAGAAGCAAAUAGUAUCACUCUUUACAAUCCAAAAGUUCCUUCAGGAAUUAGUGACAACUUCAGGUGUCUCCUCUCUUUGACUUCCAACUCAUGCUGGAAAUUUACAGCAAUACUUGCCAAUAUCUUUGCAUCACAGAUUGUUCCUCCUGGGACUUAUAAUUUGCUCAAGCUGUGUUUGUUGAUGAGUCUAGUACAGACAGGAGACCGUAACAAGAAACUGGAAGACUGCUUGGAUAUUUUAAUUGUAACAAGUGAUACUUUACUUAUAGACAGACUUUUGAAUUUUAGCAUGAAUCUUAUUUCCCGUGGUAUACAUCAUCCAGUCUCUACUGAAGUUUUUCCUACUGUGUCCAGAAAUAAGUAUGGAACUGGAGCAGUUAGCAUUCAAGCUGGCAGUGCUCUGCUAGCUAAAGGUGGCAUCUGCUUUAUAGGAGACCUGGCUUCACAUAAAAAAGAUAAACUUGAACAACUUCAAUCAGUGUUGGAGAGCAGAAGCAUCACAGCGUACAUCCCAGGAAAGAAGUUUGGGGAGGAUAUUGAUCAGCAAAUGACCUUUCCCAUUCAGUGCAGUUUUUGGUCUUUUGUUGAUAUGGAUUCAUCUUCAAGGAGAAAUGCACAGAAAACCAGCACUCUCAUUGGUCAGAUGGAUUGCAGUUCAAUUCCAGUUAACCUUGUGGAGGCAUUUGUGUUAUUGGUUAACUGCAAUGAAUCAUCUUGCCACCCGCUUCUUCCUACUGUGCAACAUACUUUAAAGAAAGCCACGGAUCCUGAAGGACUGCUUUAUUUAGCUUCUAAACAGUUCACAACUGAAGAUUUUGAAAAGCUACUGGCUUUUGCAAAGAAUUUGAACAUAGAAUUCAGCUUGGAGGCAGAAAGAAUGAUUCAUGGCUAUUAUCUAGCAAGUCGCAGAAUCAGAACAGAUUCUAUAUAUGGAUCCAAACUGUCAGCAUCUGCAUUAAAAUGUUUAGUUUCUUUAUCUGAAGCUCACUCUCGACUGAACUUAAGGAAUAAAGUGCUCAAAGAAGAUGUACUAAUUGCAGUCUUAUUAUUUGAAACAUCUCUUACACUGAAAUAUGGGGCCACUGUAUUUUGCGUUGCUCCCAAUGCACUUUUUCCGUUUCAACAGUAUAAUGAAGAGUAUUUAGAGCAAAGAGAUCUGUUCCUGACUCAGUGCCAACAGCAGCUCCAACAGUUUAUUGCCACAUGUAGACCUGGGACACCCGUCUUCUCUGGUGAUGCAACUUAAGGAAAAAUUUCAUUUCUCUUUAAAUAUUGGUUAAGUUUGAGUGAUUUUGGAUAAUGCUUCAGAAGUGUACUGUCUAAACAUAUAUAAUGUACAUUACACCACUAGUAUGAGAUAUGGUCCCCUCUAAUACGCAAAUACAUCUAAAACCAGUAGAAUCUUAACUUAGAACAAUGUGCAUUUAAAGUGAUUAAGUUACCAAGAUUUUCUCAUGAGGAAAAUACAGCUUAUGUUCAUCCCACCUGUCUCAAAGUGACUUUACUUACAGAUACACCACUGACUCUUCUAUUUACCAAGUUGGUGAGUUCAUACCAUUACAAUUUAUAUGACCCAGGUUCAAUUGCAGUCUUCUCCAUCUUAAUAGACAUGUACAUGUAGAAGCUUUGUAAUUUUUAAAAAAUAUUUUUGUGUAUUACCUGCCAUGUGAGUGCACCCAUGUCAUGCAAUAUGGUGGAGGUCAGAAGAGGGCUUUGGAUUCCCUGGAACUGGAGUUAAGGA